UUAAUUGAUAUAAAUAGCCGAUGAAGUUACGGCUCAUCAUAACAGUGUUUGUGGUUAACCAAACAACAAUCAUGACUAAUUCAGUGUAUCUAUUGAUCCUAGGUCUUCUAGGAUUAUCUAUGGGUCUACCUGUCGAAGACGCUUUCGACCUCCAACACUCAUCAGUACGCUACAACCCUCAAGACUUUUACGCCCCCUCGCGUCCCGUGGAAUCAGCUAGCCGCAUAGUGGGCGGCGGGGACGCUCCCGAUGCGUACGCCGAGCACAUGGUGGGGCUCCUGAUCGGAGUGUACGUGAAGAGUUUCGUGUGCGGGGGGCUCGUGGCUAAGGCGGAUGUUGUCUUGACUGCGGCGCACUGUGUGGACGUUGUCAUAUCGUGGUGGACAGGGGAGUUGAUGGAUACAUUCCGUGGCCAGAUCGGAAGCAACGCCCUAAGCCACGGCUACGAAGAGAUCCGUUUCUCAAGGUACCUGAACCACCCAGCCUGGGACCACGUCACCAUCAAGAAUGACGUAGGCAUUCUGUGGCUGACCGAGGCGUUGUCUGAUAAUUCUCCAGCCAGACCUAUCGCGCUGAGCUUCAAGAAGGUCGGAGGUGGAGAACUCCUGACUGUUACCGGAUGGGGGAGACUGUCGAGCUGGGGAUCGCUGCCAGACCUCCUGCAGAAGCUGCAAAUGUACUCCCUAAGCCAAGCCGAGUGCGAAGAAGGGAUACAGAGGGCCAGGGACGAGAUUAGCGCGGAGACUCCGGACGUGGUGGAGAAGGUCGAGAUCUGUACGAUGCACACGCUUGGCGCUGGGCAGGGAAUGUGCAAUGGUGACUCCGGCAGUGGUUUAUGGCUAGAGAAAUCAAGGAAAACGAAGUGCAAGACGGGAGAGAAGUGUGUAAAAGGAAGUUGCGAGAAGUGUGAAAAGUGGGAGAAGUGCGACAAAGAAGUGUGUGAAGGAGUGAAGAGGGUAGUGGUCGGUUUGGUGUCCUGGGGCUUCCCAUGUGCUCGUGGGUACCCGGAUAUGCACGCGAGGGUUAGUGGCUUCAAGGACUUCUUGGUACCUAAUCUGAGAUUGUCAGCGGGCGAAUAUGAGGAAUAAACUGUUAUUUCUCAGACAAUUUUAAGGGUGUCACACAUCGAUCGAUAGUUUCUAGAUUGUCAACCAAAUCUUGGCACCAAAAACAGGCGGCAACUUUGGAAAAUGUAGGGUUCCCCGGCCAAUUGUCUUCAUAAAACGUGUGCCUUCCUAAACCUUGAC